UCAGCCUUCAUGCUGCAUGUUGCAGAGCUGGCUCGACAGCUUUAGAUGUACUCCGGUCAACACAGAUCUGGGGUUUCGGGGCCACCCUGUGUUAGUGAACAGUAGAACCUGCUCUUGGGGACCUGCUGACUGUUUCCUGCCUACUCAUGGCUAACGAGCGGCUCAGAGCUCUGGAGGAUGUGGAGAAGGAGAUAGCGAUGAUCCUGCAGUGUGCCGGUAACAUAGUUCUAGAGCUCUCCAAAGACAAACACAAUGCCAGCCUCCUGGACAGACAGCUGGUCCAGUUCCAGAGCUCCGUCAACCGUGUGGAAAGCGAACUGAGCGCCCAGAUCCGUUACCUCACACAGGUGGCCACUGGUCAACCUCAUGAAGGUUCCACUUAUUCAGCCAGGAAGGACUGUCAGAUGGCACUGAACAGAGCCGAGUAUGCCAAGGUCAAACUGGGAGAACUGGGACGAACCUGUGAAGUCAUGCUGGAGCAGCAGCAGCAGCAGCAGCAGCAGCAGCAGCAGCAGCAGACAUGAGAGCAGAGAGGGAAGCUGGUGGAAGAGUGAUAGUGACAGAUCUUUCACUCUGACUGCUGAUGUGACUGGAACUGCCCCCAAUCUCUACUUCUACCUACAGCCUUAAAAUAUUUUCAUUGAUCCUUUUUAUUGUUAUUAAAAUAAUUGAAAUAGCAGAAGAAACGCAAAGACAAACUCAAGAACUUGUAGAGUAUGUUGCAUUUCUUGGUAUAUUUUCUUUGGAUUUCCAUUUUACCUGUUCAUGUGCAUCAAAAGCCAUAUGUAGACCUUGUUAAGAUACUUCUAAUUCAACCUAAAGAACUUUGAUACCAAAUGAUUCAGCAUAAUCAGCACUUGUCAGGCUCCAGAUUCUAUCUGAAGCUGUGAUCAUAAAGGGAGAAACCCAACAGAAGUAAAGCAGAGAGAACCAGUAGAACCUCAGCUGUACAUAAUAUUAUUAGUGACAAAAAUACAUGUCAAGAAUUGAGAGUGAACAGAGACUCUUAAGCAUUGAGAUACCUUUACUUGGUUACUCUGAAAUGUGCUGACAGUAUCAGUUUUGUCAUAUUCUGAGCACCUGAGCAUUAAGGCAUCUAAAAGACCUGCCCAUAUCUGGCUGUUAGUGUUAUAUCUUUUGCACUGAGUCACUAGGACAAUUGUUAAUGCUGAUGGAGAACAGUGAAAAGUAACUCUGGGCUGUCGUAAUGUGUUUCACAGGCCUGGAUGUCCAUUUCAUUAUAUCAUCUUACAGGAAGAAUGUUGAAAACACUUACUCACUGGAUGGUAUACAACCUUCUUAAAGAGUUAAAAGGCGGUUCUAGGGUGCAACGCAAGAAACAAAACCAAGAAAGGUAUUCUGCAUUAAGGCAGCACAACACAUGUAGGAUCAAAGAUGGUACAGGAUUUCUUCUGUGCCCUCUUUGCCCUGGAAUAUAGCUUCCAGUGGCUGCACAGUUUAUUGCUGGUUUUACAUUUGUUUUGACUUUAAUAGAUAAGACCUUUCUCAGUCAAAUAUGUAGUAUCUGUUGCUUUGCACACUAUCUUUAGUUUUUGCCAACAUAAGUCACACAGAUAAUUGCCUUCCAUCCAGUGAGUUUCUGUUUUCAAUAGUCUUCCUGUAAUGAAUAAUCUGAGUUGCGAGUUGAGUGACUGAAAUGUCCAUGUUUCAUGAAAUGGCUUUGAUACAUGACAGUUCUAGAUGAGGGCUGUUGAAAGAAGCCUGAAGUUAAGAGGAUGGGGUCGAACAGGAAGAUGCUUCACUUUCAGGUCAAGGGCAGUGGGGAGUGAGUGAAGCCAAGCUUGUCCAAAUAGGUCAAAGUCUCUUGUGUCUUUAAAACCUCAGUUAUAUACACCAAACUAUGUCUAUUGACUCUCAAAAUGUAAUUAUAUUUGUGCUGCAAACUUGAUGAACCAUGCAGCUGACCACAGUUCACUAAACAUUGUAAUUUCAAUUGUCCUGUUUUACAUCUGUUCAAGAUCACCCUCACUUUGACAGGUAAAACUACUUUUCUUAUCUUUUAAGCAACAAAAUAAAGACAUUUUUAGUCAA